AUGGCAUCUAAGGGGCAACAAAACCGAUAUGCCUUGGGCUGCAAGUUUUGCCUGAAGAUCCAGGAAACACUUCCUGUACAUCUGAGAAGAACCUGUACAAAGAAUGCUUCUCCUGCAAAGAUUGAUAGUCUGGUGUCUGAAGCCAGAGAAAAGAUGCGCAGUAUUCUGAAAGGACUGACCAUCAUUGAAUACACAGACUUGGAUUAUAAGGAUUCAGACCCACUAGAAUUUUUUGUCAGAUUUCUGGAAAAGCGCGGAUGCUAUAUAAAAGGAAAACCCGUACAACCCACAAGGACUUCUAGAAUCCAACCAGAAGUUGCAGGAGAAGAUGCAGGAAUGUGCGAGGCAGCAUCCCAUGACAUUGCCGGAUCUCUACAAGAACAGAUGCCUAUAACAGUAGAAUUAUCUGCUCCAGCUGAUGAAUCUGAUAGGAUUGAUGAGGAAAAGCCUACACAGAUAAAGGAAGAGCCAGAAGAGUCAGAACUUAUUGAGGAAGAAGAAGAAGAAUCUGAACAUAUUGAAGAAGAAGACAACACAGAAGAUAAUGUAGAUGACAUAGAUGAAGAUCAACAAUUGAACAGGACCCUGACAACACAAUGGAAUACAAAUACAAGGGCUAAAAUGAUGAAGGCCGGACUGUACAUGCGCCAUUCUUUAAAUGCACCGCUACUGAAGGGGUUUACAUCUUAUCUUCAAGAGACCCUGGGUGUUAUAAGGUACCAACACGAGGUUGAAGAUGUGGCCAGAUUCUUGUAUUUUAUGAAUCCAAUGUGUGUGAACAUGUCAUUUGUGAAGGACAUCAAAAGGGUCAAUCAGUUUUUUACAAAGCUGAAGGGCAUUCUAAUGAGCCAGACGAUGUUCAACUAUCUCAAGCACAUCAGACGAUUUGUGAAUUUCCAGAUGAAGUCUACAAACUUGCAUGUGAGAAAACCAUCCCUUUUUAAAGCCUGCAGUUUCUUUUUAAAAGUGACGGAGGACAUACAAAAAAGGCUGAGGAAAGGAAUAUCCCGUGAGGUUGUCAGGAAAAGGUACACAUCACUGAUGACUUUGACAUCGCCAGAAGACUGCCGUAGACUUUUACGUGAGGCAAAGGAAUUAUUUUUGCAAGCCAUUCAAGAGGCAAGAACAAAACGUUCAGUGGGUGAAGAAAAAAAGUUGCUCAUCCUGUACUACCUGGAAGCAUUGCUGGUUCUCAAACAUCUGCAGACACCAGGGGUAGUACAAAAUAUGACAGUCUCUGAAUGGACAGACCGCUUACAUUACAACUACACCUGGGAGAACAACCAACUGAGUCUAACCGUUGUUGCAGUAGAGACGCACAAAACUGCAACCCAGCAAGUUGCCACAUUUGCGUUAACAGAAGAAGAAGAACAGUGGUUCAAGGUUUAUUAUGAGAAGAUCAGGCCAACACUUCUCCAGAAGAACAAUUCUCCAGAAGAAAUCUUCUUCCUUUCAUCAACAGGGCAAAAAAUUUACAAUGUUUCUAAUGAUUUGUGGAGGCUACACAAGAGGUUUGAUCUUCCAAAUGUUUCAAGCCAGGUGGCUCGUCGGGUUUGUGAAAAGUGGACUGUGGCUCAAUAUUCAGACUCUGAGAGGUACCUGUUUGCAAAGUACCUUACUCAUACCAGCACAACAGCAGACAGGUGCUACAGAGAGAAGACUCUAAAUGACAUCUGCCAUGCAUCUAUAUUGGUUUCACAGAUUGGAUCAAGAAAAGAUGUGGAAAAUCAACCAAGUACCUCAAGAAGUGCAGCAACCUCAAGAGCAGCGACAUCAUCUCAAGUAAGACUGUCAUCAAAAUGUGAACAAAAGGCUGUUGCCCAGUCAACAAACCCAAGAGAAGGAGCAUUUCAGAAAUUUACUGAGAAGUUCCCACUGGACUUAGACUCACUUGGGCCAGCCCCAAAAGCAGCCAUGGCUGUGUCUAAAGCACACGGACAAUACUUCAGUGACAGAUGGAGAAAGACGCAGAACAAAAUGCGAACAGACUAUAUAGCAGGUCACUUCAAAAAGGAAAACCAAAAGAAGAAGAAGUGA